CUUACAUGCCCCUGUUCUUCUGAAGAAUAUGAAUUGUGUAUUCAUUUGUUUUUUUCAUUUUUGCCAUCCAACGGUUUGAUGAAAGAUUGGCGAGUCAGACGGAAAUUGAUGGUUGGCUUCCAGUUACUUCUUCAAGGAAUGCAAAAUGGUACUACUCAGCUUUCCACAACGUUACCGCCAAUGCUGGAGGUCGCAUACACAGUUUUCCUAAUGACAUGGCCGUGCUAGGAUGAGGUCCUGGUAUGACUGUACUAACCCUCUCGUGGAUCAUUACGCUGUAUACUCUUUGGCAAAUGGUGGAGAUGCAUGAAAUGGUUCCAGGAAGGCGUUUUGACAGAUGCCAUGAAGUGGGUCAGUAUGCGUUUGGUGAAAGCUGGGACUCUACAUUGUGGUGCCUCAGCAACUUCUUGUUGAAGUUGGUGUGUACAUUGUCUACAUGGUCACUGGAGGACAGUCAUUGCAUAAGUUCCAUGGCACUGUCUGUCCCGGCUGCGAUAAGAUCAAAUUGUCCUUUUUCAUUAUUAUCUUCGCCCCUGCUCAAUUUGUACUACCCAUCUCCCCAACUUCAACGCUAUUUCUGGUGUAUCUCCGGCGGCCGCAGUCAUGUCCUUUAGGUCAGAUCAUAGCGCUCUAGGGAAUGUGUUCAGCCUCUUUAAUGCUCUUGGCAAUUUGGCUUUUGCCUAUGCUGGGCACAACGUGGUGCUGGAAAUCCAAGCAGCAAUCCCAUCUACACCUGAGAAACCAUCCAAGGGUCCUAUGUGGAGAGGAGUUGUUGUCGCCUAUAUAGUUGUGGCUGCGUGCUACUUCCCAGUUGCUAUCUUUGGUUAUUGGGUUUUUGGAAAUCUGAAUGUUGGUGAGAAUAUUCUCAUCAAAUUAAAUGAACCAGCGUGGCUUAUUGCCAUGGCCAACUUGUUUGUUGUUAUCCAUUUAAUUGGAAGCUAUCAGAUUUAUGCAAUGGCGGUGUUUGACAUGAUUGAAACCUUGUUGGUAAGGAAACUGAAAUUCAGACCUACCAAAUUUCUUCGUUUUGUCGUCCGCAAUAUUUAUGUGGGGCACACAAUGUUUACUGCUAUCACCUUCCCAUUUUUCAAUAAUCUCCUGGGAUAUUUCGGAGGAUUUGCUUUUGCCCCAACAACAUGCUUUCUGCCUUGCAUGAUAUGGCCCACAAUCCGCAACCCAAGGAGAUUUAGUUUCUCUUGAUUUGCAUUUUGCUUGGAGUGACCUUAAUGAUCGUCGCACCUGUUGGACGAUUGAGGGCAAUCAUAAUUGAAGCCAAGACCUAUCACUUCUACUCUCAAGUUAACAUUCACUCUCUGAUUGAAAAGUGAUGUGUGGCAUACGCAAAUCAAUAGAAACAAAUGAAGCUGAUGGUCCUGAAGUGGAGCCAGAGACUUGUUUGUUAGGGUUCACCUGCAAAUCUUCACGACAGAUGUAUAUUAUAUUUGUAGCUUUCUAUUAUCGUGAGAACAUGUUGCCUGCGUUUCUUCUGGGAAAACUAUUGUCUGUGUUUCUUCUGGGAAAACUAGAAUUUCUAUUCCUUUAAUUUAUCGCUCCAA